AUGUUGACGGCCAGCUGUUUGCGCACUGCGCGCCGGCAGUUUUCGCUAAGCGCCCGGAAAUUGAACAUCAAUAAGCAGCUGGACGAGCUGGCGGCUCUCAAGUUGCAAGGGUCCAAGGUGCCAACGGUGGACUCGGUCAAGGCGGAGAAAUCAAGACUGGUGGACGCUUUUGGCCAGUACGAGCCGCAGGUGCUGACGACCGAGGAGGUGCUUCCCGGAUCGUCCAGACCGCUUCCGAUCAACGCCGAGCUCAACUACUACGCUCCAUUGAAACACGAGGUCAAGCACGGCCAUCUCAAGGCAGAGAUAGUGUUCAAGGCGUUCGAGCCAGCAAACCUCGAAUUCAUCGCCGACUUUGCGCUCAGAGUCGCCUACUACCUGGGUCUGCCAGCCACGGGCCCGCUGCCGUUGCGCAAGAGAACAGAAAGAUGGACGGUUAUCAAGUCGCCGUUCGUGCAUGCCAAGACAAAGGAGAACUUUGAAAGACACACCCACGGCCGCAAAAUCAAGAUCUGGGACGCCGACAACGAGGUCAUCGACAUCAUGCUCAGUGUUCUGCAGAAACACUCCAUGUGGGGAGUUGGAAUGAAGUGCAACAUGUACGUCCAGGAGCCGUUGGGCAUGGGUAAAGCCAUGCAAAAGCUCUCGGACAACGCAAAACAGGUGUCGGAUCUCUCGUCAACGUUGGAUACGUUGCACGAGGAGUCCGACUCUCCAGUGGCCCAAAAGGUGGUGGAGUUGUUGAAAGACCCGCUUUUUGCACAACAUCUGACCUCCGAACAGUUGGAACAGGUCCAACAGAAGGCCUCAAACUCCGACUAG